CACCUUCAUAUCAGUUUACUUAUCAGAUUUACAAAUAUCGAACCAUCCACACACACAUCCUUAUCGAUCAGCAGAAAAAACGUGAAAUCAAUCAUGGCCAACGUUCCAUCAUCAGAUAGCUAUCUCAAUAUCUUCAGUACCCUUCCUGCCGGCAAAAAGCUCAAGCCAUUCUCUCGUCAAGAAGUAGGCCAGCAUGCGAAAGAAGGUGAUUUAUGGUGUAUAGUCGACACCGCGGUCUAUGAUCUUUCUUCAUUCGUCGAUAUGCACCCAGGUGGUGCAUCAGUUCUGCUAGAUAAAAAUGUGGCUGGGAAGGAUGCCACUGAGGCUUUCUUUGGUCUUCACCGUUCUGAAGUGUUGAAGAAAUACGGCCGCUACCUGAUCGGAAACAUUCAAGGCGAGCAGCCGAAGUAUAUGCUGCAAAAGGACGGCGAGCUCUCCUUGGUACCUCACUCUGAGCCAGGCUGGCUUUCUAAAGGGUACUCGUCGCCAUACUAUAACGAAGGACAUCGCAAGUUUCAGAAGGCCAUGCGUCUCUUUUUCGAUCAACACGUUACUCCUCAGGCUCGUGAACAUGAAUUGACAGGCAAGAAAAUCACCCAAGAAUUAGUAGAUCUGAUGGGUACAACCCAUGUCAACGCCAUGAGAUUGGGCCCAGGUAAACACUUACACGGCUUGACAUUACCGUCGGGGCUUAAAGGGGAAGACUACGAUUAUUUUCAUGAACUUAUCCUCACUCAAGAGAUGGGGCGAACCGGAGCCCGUGGUUUCUCAGACGGGAUGUUAGGUGGAAUGGUCAUUGGUCUCCCGCCGGUGUUGAACUUUGGCUCGCCUGAAUUAAAGAGCAAGAUCAUUCCUGAAGUUUUAUCCGGCAAAAAAUACAUUGCUUUGGCUAUCUCAGAGGCCUUUGCCGGAAGUGAUGUUGCCGGAUUGCGAUGUACCGCGGUUAAGACGCCCGAUGGAAAGCACUACAUUGUCAAUGGCACUAAGAAAUGGAUCACCAACGGCACCUUUGCCGACUACUUUUCCACUGGUGUUAGAACUGACAAAGGGCUCAGUAUGUUGCUCAUCGAACGUGGGGAGGGAGUAGAAACAAAGCCGAUCAAGACUAGUUAUUCGCCAGCUGCAGGAACUGCAUAUAUCUCAUUUGACAAUGUUAAGGUUCCAGCAACGAACUUAUUGGGUGUAGAAAACAAGGGAUUACAAGUCAUAUUGUCUAAUUUCAAUCACGAGCGAUGGAUUAUGUGCUGUGGAGUGAUUAGGGCAUCCCGCUUUGUCACUGAGGAAUGCUUGAAGUGGGCUCAUCAACGUAAAGUUUUCGGAAAGCCUUUGAUCAAUCAGCCUGUAAUCAGACAAAAGUUCGCGCAGAUGUUUGCAAAGUGCGAAGCCACUCAGUCCUGGUUAGAACAUGUGACAUAUCAGAUGAACAAGAUGUCCUAUGCCGAACAAGCCGAUCUAUUAGCCGGUCAGAUUGGUCUUUUGAAAGCAUAUUCAACUCGGGUUGCCCAUGAAGUUGCCGACGAAGCAGUCCAGAUCUUUGGAGGCCGAGGAAUUUCGGCUACCGGUAUGGGUCGAUUCGUUGAAAUGUUUCAACGCUCGUACAAAUUUGAUGCCGUCCUUGGUGGCUCCGAAGAGAUCCUCUUCGACCUGGGUGUCCGUCAAGCUAUGCGAAAAAUGCCGAAUGCGGUCUUAUGAGUCAAGAAGCAGUCCUCCUUUAUUUUUUUCGCGUAUAGCGAUGCUCGUGGCUGUUCAAAUUCCUUUUGCGUGUCCUUAACAUUGGCCAAUUAGUUGUGGGAAGGCGAAGAACCGAAAACACAAAUCCUUCAUUUUUUGAAAGUCGUGUAUGAUCAGUCCUUCUUUCUUUUUCGCCUUGUAUGUUAUUUUGUCAUUUUAAGAGUUUGAUGUGUUAUGGUAGUGAGCAGUAUUUGUUACGGUGGAUUUAUUUGUAUCAUCAGUACUAGUUAUCUCGCGUGGCUAUGAUUCUUUUGGGGAUCAGGGAGACUCAAGCAUGUUACAUUUCUUUUUAAAUUUAUCAUACAUGGUGGAAAGACAAUGUAUCACUUCAAGCAGGGAGUUUAAUGUUUAGUCAUCUGACCAUAAUCAAGUAUGUCAAAGUUCAUUUCAACAUCAUUCUUGACUCUCGUGCGUUUCAAUUAUCAAGUGACUCUCAUGUUCAAUGGUC